AGGCUUUUUGUUUCUGUCAGGGUGGGGUCCAGGUUAUUUGACAAUGUUGUUAGGAUAUGCAAAGUCAAGAAUCACUGUACACAAUGAUGAUAUCUAAUCUAGAAAUUUACUUCAGUUUUAUCAUCUUAAAAGCCGUUUUCCUCUACUGAAUAUACUGGGAAAAAAAGUGAAUUUGGGGGACUUCCCUGGCAGUCCAGCAGGUAAGACUCAAGGGGCGUGGGUUCAAUCCCUGGAUUGAAGGAACUAAGAUUUUGUAUGCCUCAUGGUCAAAAAUGAAAAACAAGAACAACUCCAUGCCUGUGAUGAUAGUUACACAACUCUGUAAAUAUACCAAAAAUCAUUGCAUUGUGCAAGUAAAGCAAGUGAAUUGUAUGGUAUGAAAAUUACAGUUCAACAACAAAAAAAUUUUAAUGAAUUUGAGUACUUGAAAAUGCAAGUGGCUCUUCCCACUUUCUCCUUCUCUCUCCCUCACACAACCCUCAUUCAAUAUUUCUUUGUAGAGCUCAGGCAUGUCAGUUUAAAGAAAUAUAAUAAGUGGUUUUUAUUGUAGAUAGUCAUAAAACUUUGAGAAAGACAUUCAAAUAAAGUAGGAAAAAAAUCAAUUCCGACUCUUUCAAUUUAAGAGUUAAUGAGGAUGCUGCAGAACUUUACAUUCAGAUGAACUCCAUCCUUUUAAAAAAAACCUAUGAAACAAACAAACACUGACACAUUUUGGGUUUUCUUCUAUCUCAGAGCCAAGAGCCAAAAUGAAAUUUACAGUACUUGCUGUCGCCGUUGGACUAACUUUGCUGCUAGGACUCCAAGCCAUGCCUGCAAACCGCCUCUCCUGCUACAGAAAAAUACUAAAAGAUCGCAACUGUCACAGUCUUCCAGAAGGAGUAGCUGACCUGACGAAGAUUGAUGUCAAUGUCCAGGAUCACUUCUGGGAUGGGAAGGGAUGUGAGAUGAUCUGUUACUGCAACUUCAGCGAACUGCUCUGCUGCCCAAAAGAUGUCUUCUUUGGACCGAAGAUCUCUUUUGUGAUUCCUUGCAACAAUCACUAAACAUCGUCAUGUAUUCCAGACAAAUCACCCAUAAUUCCCCGCAAACCGCGCUAUAAUAGUGUAACUGUAUUUCUGAUUUCUGUGCCGUGCAAUAAAGCACAGAUUCUAUAAAUUCUUACUUGUCUAAGCAAACUUGUGUUA